AAGGAACUACAGCACGGUCACAUGACUUCACGUCACCACCACUAAGCUAAAGGGCUGCAGCAUGUUUACUUCUGUGAAGGCCUUCGAGGGGCAGCAGUACUCGACCCUGAAGAGGCAGUGCCUGCAGAGCGGACUUCUCUUCGAGGACCCCAGAUUCCCCGCCUACGACGACUCGCUCUUCUACCAGGGCAACAGGAUCGGACGUGUGGUCUGGAAGAGGCCUCGGGAGUUGUGUGAAGACCCCCACCUGUUUGUGGACGGCAUCAGCGCCCACGACCUGCACCAGGGUCAGCUGGGGAACUGCUGGUUCGUGGCCGCCUGCUCCAGCCUCGCCUCCAGAGAGGCGCUGUGGCAGAAG